AUGAUCCCGGGCGCUCGCGCACCUCCCCUCCGAGCAGCCCGGUGGUUCUUGCGUUGCCGCCGACUAUGCGGCGACCAUUCAAGAAAUGGCGUCGAGCGGCGCAACAUUGGGCAGCAGGGUGAUGGCUCCAUCGACGAGAGAGCGGGCGAGGGCGGCCUAGAUGCUGGGCCCGUCUCGCCCGACUUGCUUCUCCAGAUUCCGCCGCCCCAGCCCCCUCCCGGCCAGCCGGAGAGCGACGACGAUGAUGCCGAAAAUCUAUCUUCCGGUUCCGGUUCCAGGAGGAUUCCCCGCGAGGAAUGGAGGCUGGCAGACAGGAUUCUCAGGAUUCUUCUACAGGACGGGCCAGGGUUCAGCGCCCGCCAGGCGCUCGACGAAAUGAACCUGAGGGUGACAAACAAGCUGGUCACGGAGGUGAUGUUCAGGUUCGUCGUCUCUGUCGAUAGCGUCAACCGCGAGCGGUACCCGAGGCUGGCAUACAAGUUCUUUCUGUGGGCAGGGCAGCAGGAGGGGUACCGCCACAGCACGAGCAUGUACAACCGCGUCCUCAAGGUCUUCGCCCAGUGCGGGGAGGUCAAGGCGAUGUGGGGGCUGCUCGAGGAGAUGACGGAGAAGGGGCUUCCUGUCUCUGCGCGCACGUUCCACCUCUUGAUAUGUACGUGUGGGCAGGCCGGGCUGCGGCGGAGGCUGGUGGAAAGGUUCGUCAAGUCAAGCAGCUUCAACUACCGCCCGUUCAGGACUUCGUUCAAUGCCAUACUGCACACGCUCCUGACGAUAAAGCAGUACUCCCUGAUCGAGUGGGUUCACCAGAAAAUGCUCACGGACGGGUACACGCCUGAUGUAUUGACAUACAACGUGGUCAUGCGUGCAAAGUAUUUGCUCGGGAAGUUGGAUCACUUCCAUAGGUUGCUUGAUGAGAUGGGGAAAAAUGGGCUUACCCCUGACCUUCAUACUUACAAUCUCUUGCUUCAUGUGCUUGGCAAAGGAGACAAACCCCUUGCAGCCCUCAAUUUGCUCAACUAUAUGAGUGAUGUUGGUUGUGUACCGAGUGUGCUCCAUUUCACAAACUUGAUAGAUGGCCUUAGCCGUGCUGGCAACUUAGAAGCCUGCAAGUAUUUCUUUGACGAGAUGGUGAAGAAAGGGUGUGAACCAGAUACUGUCUGCUACACUGUUAUGAUCACAGGCUACGUGGCAGCGGCUGAAUUUGAGGAAGCUCAGAAGCUGUUUGAUGAUAUGCUGGUGAGAGGGAAGCUUCCGAAUGUGUACACGUACAACUCAAUGAUACGUGGGCUUUGCAUAGUAGGGGAAUUUGAUAAAGCUUGCUAUAUGCUGAAGGACAUGGACUUGCAUGGAUGCACACCAAACUUCUCAGUGUAUAGUACUUUAGUGUGUCGAUUGCGAAAUGCUGGAAAGGAUUCUGAAGCUAAUAAUGUCAUUAAGUACAUGACAAAGAAGGGCCAAUAUCUUCAUUUGUUGUCGAGGUUUGGCGGAUAUAGAAGAUGCUGAGAUGAGUGAGAGGCCCUGUACUAAAAUGCAGAGUUGUUUGUGAUUUGUUUUUUCAUAGUGAGAAAGAGAGAUCAUAAGGGAGCUCAUGUGAAACUAGUUGCACUAUAAUCGUUAUAUACUUCGUGUAGGAUUACUUAUUUUGUGAUGAAGUGCACAAAUGUAUGUUGUAUACCAGAGUUAUUUAUGCAAAUGCAGUAAUUUAUUUUGACAGAUAAUGGGCACUAGUCAUAAAUAGUUCUAAAUCCGACAAAAAGAUCCAUCUCUUUUGCUUCAACUGUAGUUCACGCUGUAGUUUUGCUCCUGCUUUUAGUCUCCUGAACCAGAUGACAGCGAUCCUUUGUCAUAAAUAUUUUUUUGUAGUGUCAGAUAUUUAUGCUAAGUAC